AUGAAGCCCAACCCCGCAGGUGCCUUCCCCGAGGCCUGCAAAGCCGCAGGCCAGGCGCCACAGCAGAAGACUCAAGCCAAGCCCGCCCCGGCCCCUAGGCAGAAGGUUCUGGUGACGGGAGGAGGAGGCUACCUGGGCUUUAGCUUGGGGUCCAGCCUGGCCAAGAGUGGUACUUCCGUUGUCCUGCUCGACCUCCGCAGACCGCAGUGGGAACUGCCCCCGGGGACCGAGUUCAUCCAGGCUGAUGUCCGGGAUGAAGAGGCCCUGUACCGCGCCUUCGAAGGGGUGGACUGUGUCUUCCAUGUGGCCUCCUAUGGGAUGUCCGGCGUGGAGAAGCUGCAAAAAGAGCAGAUUGAGUCUAUAAAUGUUGGAGGCACCAAACUGGUGAUCGAUGUCUGUGUCCGCCGGCGGGUUCCGCGCCUUGUCUACACCAGCACCGUCAACGUGGCCUUCGGCGGGAAGCCCAUAGAGCAGGGCGAUGAGGACUCCGUGCCAUAUUUCCCACUGGACAAGCACAUGGACCACUACUCCCGAACCAAAGCCAUCGCCGACCAGCUGAUCCUCAUGGCCAAUGGGACCCCUCUACCAGGAGGAGGCACUCUCCGGACGUGUGUGCUCCGGCCCCCAGGCAUCUACGGCCCUGAGGAGCAGAGACACCUGCCCCGAGUGGCGGGCCACAUCAAGAGGAGGCUGUUCAUGUUCCGAUUUGGGGACCGCAAGACACGCAUGAACUGGGUCCACGUGCACAACCUGGUGCAGGCACACGUGCUGGCAGCCGAGGCCCUCACUGCGGCCAAGGGCUUCGUGGCUAGUGGGCAGGCGUACUACAUCAAUGACGGGGACAGCGUGAACGUCUUCGAAUGGAUGGCCCCACUGUUUGAGAAGCUGGGGUACAGCCAGCCCUGGAUCCAGGUGCCUACUUGCUGGGUUUACCUGACAGCCACAGUGAUGGAGUACCUGCAUCUGGCCCUGAGGCCCGUCUGCACCGUGCCGCCCCUGCUCACCCGCAGCGAGGUGCACAGCGUGGCCGUGACGCACACCUUCCGGAUCGCUAAGGCCCGCGCCCAGCUUGGCUACGCGCCAGACAAGUUCCGCUUCGCCGACGCCGUGGAGCUGUACGUGCAGUCCACGAGCCGGCGGCCCCGCGGCUCCCCCGCGCCGACACUCCUGCGGUGGCUGCUCGGGCUGCUGCUGCUCCUCGGCUUGCUCGCCCUGGCCCUGCGCUUCCUAGGCCUGCAACCGCUCCAGGCGGCCGUGGAGAGCCUCUGA